AUGCAAGCAGCAGCCACUAAAGAGGCGUCAUCUUUGUCGGAUUCAGAGUCUCUUCUGGACUGGUUCCCCGCAACACGUCCAGAAUUCACUUCUCGCUGUGGCGAUGUAAAACGUUUGGCUAGAGAAGACCUGGAGGACCCCCACCGGAGGCGGCAUUUGGAAUCCUUUCGUCAAAGCAUGAAAGAGUGGGCUGCUUACGACUCUUCCACGAGAAAUGUACUGGAGGAUGAAACAGCAGACUCCUUCCUUGCCGACCUGGUCAAAUUAAAACCAAAAACAAACAAAGAAUUCAAGCAGGCUUUGCAGGCGCUCAGGAAAAAACACAAAGUUGCUCCAGCGAAAUCGCAGCUGGUUGCAGCGUACAACCGUUUGCUCGCCGCUGAAAGAUGUGCAGAGGAUUUGCAAGAAGGCUCCUCUGCACAAGCCUCUGAUGGGGGGAUGGACACGCAGAACGGUGCAGAUUGUAGUGCACGCAAUCCGAUGUUGGAAAGCUUGAUGAGAAGAAAGGCGGUGCGCACAAACAGUGGCGUUGUUGUUAUUACAGUUUUAACUGCUCCAGGUCGUUUCUCGUGCCCCCAGGACUGCCAUUACUGCCCUAACGAACCGGGGCAACCACGAUCUUACCUCUCGACUGAACCCGCAGUCCUCAGGGCAAACCAAAAUGGGUGGAGCCCCCUAAAACAGUUUCAAGACAGAGCAGGAACGCUUAAAAGAAACGGACACGUUGUUGACAAGAUCGAAGUCCUCGUAUUGGGUGGCACGUGGAGCGGAUAUCCCCAGGACUAUCAAGAAGAAUUCAUCAGAGACAUUUACUUUGCCGCGAAUGUCUUCGACAAGGCCGAGCCGACCCGCAGCCCCUUGACCCUCGAAGAGGAGCAGCACGAAAAUGAAACUGCAGCAUGCCGCAUUGUUGGCCUGACACUUGUCGGUCUUCAGAACGCCUCAACGCUUACAUUUUGCGGGCUUCUGUUUCAGGUUGAUAUACACCUGAUGCCUGAUCUGCCUUCUAGCAGUCCUGCAGCUGAUUAUCAGAUGUUUUACUACGUUCUUUCAUCCCCUGACCUCCAGGCCGACCAGUGGAAAAUUUAUCCAUGCGAAGUAACACCCUUUUCAGCAAUAGAGCAAUGGUACAAAGAGGGAAAAUAUAUACCGUAUGCAGACAGUGAUGGAGAGACCCUACUAUCCCUUAUUUGCUCGGUCAAGGCGGCAGUUCAUCCAUGGAUUCGGCUGAAUCGCGUCGUACGAGACAUCCCAAACCAAUCCAUCAUAGGAGGUAACAGCGUCACAAACCUACGCCAGGAACUCGCGAGAGAGUUAGAGAGCAGACAUUUGCGAUGUAAAUGCAUUCGAUGCCGCGAAGUGAAGGAUGCCGAGUUCGACUUAGCUUUGGCGGAGCUCUGUGUCCGUUGCUAUGAAACAAACGGCGGCGUGGAAUAUUUUCUUUCGUUUGAGACGCGCGACAGAAAAACCAUUUUCGGGUUUCUUCGAAUGAGACUUCGUAGCAAACGACACAUACGGGACUGCCCUUUCAGCGUCCUGAAUGGGGCGGCGCUAUUGCGAGAGCUUCAUGUUUACGGGCGUCUGGUAGCCCACGGUGAAGCGAAGAAUAGUGACGACAUGCGGCCACAGCAUGCUGGAUUCGGCCGACGGCUAAUUCAAGCUGCCGAGAUUGUGGCCCUUGCAAAAGGGUACCGCCGGAUGGCUGUAAUUGCGGGAAUCGGCACGCGGGAGUACUAUAGGGGUAGCGGCUACCAUUUAGAAGAUUCUUACAUGGUGAAGGAGUUGACAGUCGUGGGACUACAUGCAGGACGGGCGGAGUUGCUUGCUGACCAGCCAACGCAGUUGUUAGUUGAACGCCAAGACCUACAGCGUGCCGCUGCUUCUCUGCUGCUGCCGCUGCCGCCCAAGGUCCCUCGGAAGAAGACGAAAGUAUCGCACAAGAGUAGCAACAAGCAAAAGGAGAGGACAAGGGAGGCAGAGGACUUCGGGGGAUUGGGGGUAACUGCAGCGAAUGCAGUUGCCGUUCAGGAAGCAGAGGAAAAGGCUAAAGCAUUUCUUACUGAAUAUGCAUAUGGCGUGGAGGAGAUUGAUGUGCCUUUCCUUAUACGCAGAUUGAGGGACAGUGAAACAACUGAAACACAGGAACAACCCGGAUUGUUCUGUGAUAAUGACACUUUCGCAGAGUAUUGCAGUUUGUACACAGCGUUGCAACAAAAGCAGCAGUGUAACGUGAUAUGCACAUCGUGUCAGUCAUCUUUCGCUUCCCGCUUGGCUGCUUGGCUUCUUGGCGAAGCUGCGAACACAUGUGAGAAGCAUCAGAUUCUGCUGGCUGUAUCAGCAGCAACAGCAGCCGCUACAUGUGCCACCUUGGGACUUUUGUGGUUUGCGGCCAGGCGGCGGUAUUAG